AGGAAAUCAGGUUAUAUUUCGGAGAAUCGGUUGCUCUUUACUUCACGUUUCUGGGAUUCUACACUUAUGCUCUUGGAGUCCCAGUUUUUCUGGGAUUUCUUCAAAUGCUGGUAUCUAGAGAAACAGUUCCCUUCUUUUGCAUAUUCAACGUUGUUUGGGUAACGCUGCUUCUUGAGAUAUGGAAGAGGAAUAGCAACGAGUUAGCUUUCAAAUGGGGUACCAUAGGAAUGACCAGUAUGGAUGAGCCUAGACCCAACUUCCGGGGUACAAUGGGGAUCGACGCAAUCACGGGCAAAGUUAAACCGCAGAGCCCUCGGUAUCUAACUUAUACCAAAAUGUAUGCUGUGUCAUUACCUAUAGUUGUUCUUUGUAUGGUGAUGGCUUUCAUCCUCAUGUUGAUAUCUUUCUGGGCAGAAGAUUACUUUAAGAAAAAUGAAGGAUAUGCGGAUUAUGUCAUGCUCCCUAGUAUCGUAUAUUCCAUUAUUGUUGCCGUCGUUAAUGCUUACUAUAGGAAAUUGGCAACGUACCUCACAGAAUGGGAGAAUCACCGAACCCAGUCGCAAUACGAGAGACAUAGGGUGACAAAGCUUGUUCUAUUCGAAUUCGUCAACAACUUCCUGUCACUCUUCUACAUCGCGUUCAUCGUCAGAGACAUGGACAUGCUUAGAAGUCAACUGCAGACAAUGCUCAUCAUAACGCAGGCGAUUAAUAAUUUUCAGGAGACCGUCCAACCUUUGGCAAUUAAGUACUAUGCCAUGAAGGUUCAAAACUGGAAAUUGAGAAUUUUCGAUAAACCGUCUAGCAUGAAGAAGCCGAAAGUUUUCAAAGAAAAUGCUUCAGAAGAAAAUAAUCCGCUUACUGAUGUAAAGAUUCCGCAACUUCAGAAGGACGAUCCCCGCGUUAAACAAGCCAUCCAAGAAGGGGAAAUGGAGGCUUAUGAAGGGACGUACGAUGACUAUUUGGAACUAUUCAUUCAAUUUGGAUACGUUUUUCUAUUCUCGUCAGUCUACCCCAUUGCUGCGCUAUGGGCGGUAUUGAAUAACGUUGUUGAAAUCAGAGCUGAUGCUUUCAAACUGUGUAAGGUGUUCCAGAGGCCUAUGAGUAGAAAAGUGAAAGACAUUGGUGCUUGGCAG